GGGACCGCGCGUCCUCUUGGCGUUAGAAACAUGGAGAGAAUUUUCCUGCUCGUCCUCAGCUGUGUCGGCGUCUCUCUGGUCACAGCGGAUAGCUUGUCGCCUCCCGUCAAUGUGACCAUCAGAGAGGUGAAAGCAAACUCUGCUGUGGUGUCAUGGGACAUCCCCGAGGGAGACCCAGUCAUUGGCUUUGCCAUCACACAGCAGAAGAAAGACGUGCGCAUGCUGCGAUUCAUCCAGGAAGUCAACACCACCACCCGAUCCUGUGCAUUAUGGGACUUGGAGGAAGAGACAGACUACAUCGUGCAUGUCCAGUCCAUCUCCAUGUCUGGGACGAGCCCACUGAGCGAACCGCUGCGCUUCCGGACACCGAAGGAGGCCGAGACUCAGGCCUCUAAGAGUGAAGACGAAGUAACAAUGGAAGAAGUGGGACAGACGACCCAGCUGAGGGCUGGGGAGCUCAUCAUCAUCGUGGUGGUACUCAUCAUGUGGGCAGGUGUGAUCGCCCUCUUCUGUCGCCAGUAUGACAUAAUCAAAGACAACGAGCCCAACAACAACAAGGACAAAGCCAAAAACUCCUCAGAGUGCAGCACUCCCGAGCAUCCGACGGGGGGGCUGUUGCGCAGUAAGUUUCCCAAGAACAACAACAACAACAACAGGAUGCCAUCUGUCAACAUCAUUGAGGUGUGACUGCCAGGACGUCUUCUCUUUACCUAAAAGACUGUGUUCUCACAAACAAGCGGGCCCCUUUUAAGCCCAUCUGCUUGUCAGGAUGACGCUGGGACUCCGGGCCCCUCGGCAGCGCCUUCUCUCCUUUGGGCCUGGCGCCGGAGCGAGGCCGCAGGACUCCGGGCGUCGAGCACGCUCCCUCCGCCUGCGCCGGUGUGAAGAGGCAGCGGCUGCUCCGUGGUCCAGGACUACUGCACUGUGGGGCAGCAGCGAUUAGAGCCGAAUGGCUCCGGUGUUGGAGAGACUGCAGAUAAACAGGCCCCAGGGACCAAAGCUGAUAAACAGAGCCAGAGACCUUUUCAUUCUCUCCGUCACCUUCUUCUCAGCGUCUUUCAGUGUGUUAUCAGUGACCACCAAACCUGGGCAUUUCCCUUUUCUGGGUUGAAAUUGUCUCUUCUGCUUUAAUCUUUUAUAUCCACACAACUUCAUCAUUACUUGUUGCAUUCUGUACUCUUAAGUGGGCUGUUAGGGUGUAGUUCUUUAAACUUUUACAAGGUGCCACCAGUACAGUUUUGUUGUUCUGGUAUAUUUGUUUCAUUGAUCCCCUCUCGGGCAGAAGCUCUUUCCCAUCUUGUGGAUUCACGUUUUUUUUCGCCCCCUCAGGGAAUCCAGACUCUACCACCUGGCUAAUUUAUGAGAUGUUUCUAAAAUGUGUUGUGAAGAUGCCAUAGCAGCUUUUGAGAGGGCUGCUACCAAAGCUGAAUCACCAGGACUCGAGCAACAAGAUAGAAACACAUAAAAGGCACCUCUGAUCUGAACAAAUAUUCACAGUAAAGUUCAUGAGAAGCCAGGUUUCAUCCUACUUCUUGUCCCUCGUGCUUUUAUUCUGAAAUGUUACAUUCCAUGUCCAGAAUGAGCCCUUUAGUAUUCCCUCGUGUCUUUCUCUCUGAGGGGGAUGAAUCUCAAAGCAUUCUGGAGACGAGCAGAACUGCCAUAAUGGAGUGCAUUCAUCUAAUUAACGAACUCUAAACGGGGCUGGACUCUCGGAGGAAGCGGUCUUUCCUCUUCAGAGACACAGAGGAGAUCUCUUACAUCAGCAAUAACAGCCCUCAGAGGAAGUGCAGAAUCGAGGACUCAAACGCUGAAGCCUCUUUGAAUAAAAUCCCGACCUUUCAGCAUGUUGUAAUGUUCAGGCAGACAAAUGAACUGCACGUCCAGUUUGGAGGGAAUUAACUUCGAGCAGAUGAUCUCCAAACGUCCUUAAGCGCUGUUGUAAAAACUUUGGUUUCCAGUGGUUAGCAUGGGAUUUAAAAAAAAACUUUUUUUAAAAUGGGGCCCAACUUGCAACCCUACGAUUUCUUUGUCACCAGACAGAAGGGCUUUUAUUCAGACUUUUUCACCAAUUUAAAGUCAACAUGUGUGCUGAAACGUAAUGGUAAAUGGCACAUCUGGGAGCAAAAUGAUGCAUUCGAGGGCUGAUUCAAACUCAGUAGUACUGCCUUAAAAAUAAUCACACCAUAUGAUUUAUCUAAUAAGAUAGAAGCCCCUGUAUCUCUCACACCAUGAUAUUUAUCUUCCACCCAGUAUUUAAAUGUGUGUGCAAAGAAAAAGGGAAACAUUACAGAUCGAUGCCAUGUUGUCUGAAAAGCUGGAAGAGGUGGCUGGCCUUUAAUGUGUAAAUACAUUUAAAAUUUCACUCGUGUUUGGUAGCGUCAGUCUGAAGAGCUUUUAAUGAAAUAUGACAAGACUAAAUGGAAGAUAUAUAGUCUCGUAUUGUAAGAGGGUACAGCUACUGCUAGUGAAUUUUUUUUGUUUAGACACGGCUGUUAAAGUCCUGUUAUUGAAUACGUUUUUCAUGGCACUCCUCUACCGUUAUGUGCUUCUAUUAUGUCAUUAUGCUGUUUAUGUGCAUUAAAAAGAAGAGUGUUUUUGAUGAGGGACAAAGCCCUGGAUAUUUCACAUAAUCACCCAGACGUGGGGUUCGAGGGCCAUUCAAGCUGGGAACCCGUAUCGACGGGCAGCUUCUCAUUCUGUGAUGCACCGACUCGUCUUCUACUGCGAACGCAACAGGUCCCGGCUCCUCAGCCUGGAGUGCAGUGGAAAAAGGAGGCAGUUAAGAGAAAAAGCAAUGAACAGAAUGAGUAGACUGAUAACUAAUGCAAUGGCAGGUUUUUAUCACUCACGAGCAGCGAGCCCUGCUAUUUGCUGCACACCAUUCCCCCGAUUUCCUUCCCCAAUUUCUUCCUCUUCACCGCAACUGUCACAUAAGGGUUUAAAAUGUGAGUCUGUCUAAUGUAAAGGUCUCUCCUGACUAACACUUCUGUCUAGCCAGGACAAACUUUGGGAAAUUUUCUGUGAAGUGAUCACCACUUUUCUUAAAACUUGUCUAGCUGAAGGUUGAAUCCGUUUUAUCCCCCAGGAACAUUUCCCCCAGUAGCAGACUCUCCGAUCAAUAGGCAUCCGUCCACACAGUGAAGGAUAAUGACGAGCGUCGUCUCCAGAUGAUUUCUUUGAACAUCCAACAACAUAUUUAUCAUCCGCAUUCCCCGAAACAGUUAAAGUCCUUUUCUCCCUUUUGGUACCGAGUCAGCUAGCGGCGUAUGAAGUUCAUUUGAAAAGUUCGAUGAUGGUACGCUCUGUGUUGACACUGUAAAUACUGUAUUUGUUAUUAAAGAUUUAAAUGUAGGGCUAUUUUGGCAGGUUGUCAAACUUUACCAAUAAAUAGUUUGACAUUUUGGGAAUUUGCAGUUACACGAGAAGAUCGACACUUCUCUUAGCAGCUGGUUAAAUUACAGCCAACACAUUCUCAAAGUAAGGCAUCGAAUGCCAGCACGUUGAUAUCCUGGGGUAGAAAAUAAUGCUGUUUUGUCAGAUGCUACAACAUGUCCCAUGGUGCUGUUACCUUAACGCACCAGCCACAGCCACCAUAACACAACAGUUUUAAAGACCCACAAAGUCAACAUUAGGAAGUUGGAGGUUUGAGUCGUCUGCUGUUCCCAUUGGGAGCUUUCCGCUUAAUUCUUCAGUCACUCUUCAGCCGUUUACUGAAGGCUGGAGUCCUGCCUCUAGCGUCCUGGGUCAAAGUUCGCGCUGGGUCAUUCCGCUUCACUUUCCUGUCUAACGUUUGAUCCGUAAGUUAAAAAAAGAAAUGCGCAGCUGUCCCAACGCGUUUGAAUGCAAAACCAAGGAGCUCUAUGCUAGUGUCCAAAUUUAAUGAUUACAAUGAAUUUCUGUCUCACUAUCCUCAUAAGUCCCAAAGAACAACUGUGUGCAUCUGUGAGAAACCAGCAGUUUUAACAAAACAGCAGUAUUUGCCCCCCGGGAAUGAGAAUGGGCUGCUGGCUCAAGCAACAGUACAAACAUGGGAGCGCAGUCAGUCUCUUCAACUAACUAAUGGCUGAGAAAGCCAUCAAGUGGAUGUCUGAAAGCGCCAACCUUUUCCUUUAAGGGUUGCAGCUUCAGCAGCUGUGCGCUGGGCGAGCUCUCAAACUUAUCCAACAAUUUAUUCAUUUAUUUUUACACGCAAGUGUUCGACCAUGUUUAACAGCUACACAGUGGCAUAACAUGUCAAAUUAAUUAAGUGGAAGGCAUCUGGGUAUCUAAUUAAAGUCCACUCAUUACACACAGUGGGCAGUGCAGUUCGCUCAGCCCGUUCCUGCUGCUACUGAAAAACUGAUUACUGGGAUUUAAGUUGGCUGAAGGCGGCACCCAGCUGCUACCACUCUGACUGGAACAGGUUAAGCAAACGGUGGCCAGAUGAAAAAUCUUUUUCCUUAAUCGCACUCGACAACCGGUGACAACAGCACGAACUCAACAUUCCACAGGAGCCCUGUGGCGUCAAACCACUCAUUAAAAAAGCCUGAAACCUUUUUCCCUGCUACCGUUUGUGCAAAAUCAAUGCCUGAGGAAAAAACAAAAACAAAAAACGAUGCUCGGUUGCAGUGAUGGGCCGUUUCGCAACAAUUGCUGGAUUUUAACAACUUACACAACAUGUGUUUUGUUUUGCCUGGAAAUACAUGAAGUUUGACCAUUUCAUUAUGGGAUUCUUGAAAUUUAGGAAUGAGGAUGACAAAGAAGCAUGGUUUAGUAAAAAUUAACUGCUUUACUAGCUAUCACGUUUAUAUUCAUUGUAUGGAGUGUACAGCAGUCAUUGCUUAAUGAGGGCUAGCAUGGUUUAACUAUUAUGCACAAGGUUACACAACUUCAAUUAUGAAGAAUAUGGUGUAUGCUUACUUGUGUAUGCUUAAAUAAAAUAUCUAAUAUUUUCAAAAUAAAGGUGUGUGUUUGCUCCUUGUUGGAAACCGUGAGGACAGCUGGUAAAGCACCGGAGACAAGAUGCGACUGGUGAUUUCUAAGCUUUAAGAAAAGAAAUAAAAAUUAUUUCAGCAAGAAAAAAGCUUAAAUUCAGCAGACUGCAACUGACAGACUUCUCCUACCUUUAAAUAAAAAUGCAGUUUAGUUUCACGGUUGCUGUGGAGGAAUCACUUUGACAAACAGCGUCCUGCUGAAAAAUUCUGCCGUCAGCGUGGUUUUGGGCGAAUGCAUUUCCCGUUCAGUCAGCAGCUAAGAAAACGUGCAUGAAUUCGUAAUGGCUCAGAAAUCAAUUAGGCUUUAGCAGCGAAACGACAAAUCACUCGAAGCCUACUCGAGUCCAACAUUAGACUGCAUUUGCUUUCGCAUGUAUCAAUACGAGAGCGACCGCCGGCUCGACUGUUUGGCUGAGCAGGCGAAACGAGGCGGUGGGAUUUUAGAGCUGACUCGUUAUUUGUAGUCUGUUUUGACAAUUCCCAACACAGCUGCAGGAAAACUGUGAGGCAUGUCAGGUAAACACAAAGCUUUGUUACUGCCUCCGAAGGAAAGAGGAGGGAGAAAAAGUAUAACACACAAAAUAAAACACAGCUGGAAGGUGUAGAUCAGCACGCCAAGUGUGCACGUGCCCUGCAGUCUGCAGUUUCACGAGGCCUUCACUGACACACACCUACCUACCUUCUGCCUUCUGGCUGACCAGGCAGGGAAAGGCUGCCCUACUAUCUGCACAGACAGGAUUACUUUAGCCGCAUGCAUUAUUCAGUGGAAAAGACCCCUGCUCCGUGUUUCUGGGCCGCCUGUGUUCACCUGGGCUGUCAGAAUAAAACUGACAAAAGAUGCAGCAUUAUUCACCAAACAUUAACACAGGAAGACAACUGUAGUGGGAGCUGAGCAUUAUUAUGACGACUCUCUGACUCUAGGAAGCGAGUUCUCUGCUAAGAGCCGGUGGCACUUACACUUUUCAUGCCAAGGUUUAAUGAGAGCACGGUGCAUUGAAUCCACCGAGCACCAGAGUACAAAGAUGCUGCUGCUGCUUUACAAUAAAAAAACAGAGGAAUUUAAACUAAUAUUUAUGAUUUAAACAACUUCGUGUUUAACCCCAAGUUGUAGUGUGUGGCCAAAGAGGUAAUUUGAUAAGCAGUUCAAAAGAAAAGGUAUGAAAUCACCGCCUUCAGGAAGAUCCCUCAAACCUGAGGAGAGGUAAACGCUGCUCUAUAUGAAUUAAUGCCACACUGCGCAAAAG